AUGGAUGAUGGAGUGGCAGAGCUUCGGCAGCACCUAUUGCUUCCUGGAAGGUUAGUCGGAGAAGCCCUUGCUCAAGAUGAUCAUUUCCUAUCGCUGGAAGAGUCGUGUGCGUCCGGGGUGGGCAGCGCAGACUAUGAUGGCAGUUGCCCUCAGUUCACUGCGGACAUUACUGGCAAGGGAUUGCCAUUCGGUUCCGAGCCCUUUACCCGACAGGGCGUGCUUCCAGACAUUCAAAGGUUUUGGCGCUCCUUUGACUCGCGGAUCGUGCUAUGGAAGUAUGCUGACCCUGGCAUGCAAGAGAUGACCGAGUACACAGGUGUCUCGCAGCAAGUUAUUGCGGCAGCCGUUGCGCGCCCUAAAGAUUUCGUGAGUGAGGCCGACUACUUCCUGAUCCUGGCGACACCGUUGGAGGUGUCACUACAUGCUCUGCGAUUUGCUCCGGGAAGUGACCGCUUAUGGCCACCCAUGCGUACGCAGUAUGCUGUGGCAAGCGAUGACAUACUGACAACCGCCUUAGCGGUCGAUCCCGCCAGCGGUCGCAUCUUUUUGGGGGGAAAUGAUGGCUGCAUACAUGAACUUCAGUAUUCAGAACAUGAGUCCACUUGGCUGCGCAGGCCAAGAAAAUGCAGGAAAGUUGCAGUUAGCUGGAACUUGCAGUCUCAGUUGCCAGCCGUUUUGCAACGCAUUUGCGUUACCAUAUUUGGGCAUUCAGAGGCGGUUGUUCAACUUGCCACAGAGACUUCGAGAGGACUUCUCAUUGCUUUGUCUUCGCUGUCGAACAUUUCUAUUUUCCAUGUGCCUCCGAGCUACAGGAAUUCUUCUGGACGUUUAGAGGAGAAGCCUGUUGUACAGCUGUGCUCAAUUUCGCAAUCGACUCUCGCCGCAGAAGUCGGUCGGAUCAAGGCUCGACUUUUUCCCGGUUUGCUGGCCGCCAACGCCAGAGGGAUCAAUCCGUUUGGUGCCGUGGCAGCUGCCACAGGUCUUGCAUCAUAUCCACCGAGACUGGUAAAGGUGUGGCCAGUGGAGAAGACUCAGGGUGGCAGCAUUGUUGCUUGUGCGAUUGCCGAAGAUGGUACUCGCAUCUUUCUGCGUGGUGCAUUUCGAGGCGCCUCAGGCGCCUCAGCCGCCUCAGGCACCUCCUCCACCAUGCAGACGGCAGGCUCAGCAGGCUCAGCAGAUGCAAAUUCACAGGGCAAUCCAGGCCAAGCCCGAGGGAGCCAAAUCACAUCCAUUUCAGUGCACCACGUGCGAUUUUUGGAUGCGCUUGCCCCCAGAAGCUUACGAGUGAAGGACGCGUUGUGGGAAGAUGGCGUAACGCUGGUGCACUGUCAAGUCUCUGGAUGCGACUCUUCAUCAGGUUCCUUUUCUGCAGGGCAAAGCCCUGCACUGACGGAGACUCCAGAAACUGUUGACGUGGUGAUUGCUCUGAGCACCGACCUGCGCAUGGUUGCACAGCGGCAAGGCCGCAAUCAUUCUCCAUGGCUGCAACAUGCAAGCCUGGCAGAGCAUGUGGACACCAUUCACCUACAUCGAAGUGGCACGGCAGUGGCUGAGAUUCUGGGACUUGCCCUGCUACCACGGCCAGUUUCGAAGCCAGUCGAGCAAUUGUUUUCCAGAGCAAACGGCUUGGUGCUACCAGUUGUCCACCUCAGCGAGCUUGCAAAGCAGCAGUUGGUGCCUGCACCGUCCUUCAUGAUCAUCUCAAGCAUCGGCGUGCACAUCCUCAGAAAGACGCAUCCGAUUAGUACGCUGCAACGUCUGUUGCUCGACGGCAACUUGAUGCAGCUAAACGAGUUCGUGAACCAGUACACUGCAGAGCAGGUGUGUGCGAUGUGCCUUCAAAUUUUGACGCAGGCAACACAGGCAAUCCCGGAGCUCUCCAGGCUUAAAGAUGCCGCCAAAACGGCUCGGACAGACACCAAGACCUCGUCGAGCACGUUGUCGGCUUCAAGAAAUAAGCUUCGGAGCAGUAUGUCCAAAAGCGAGAUUCUGACGGAACCGAGCAGCAUGCUGACCAGUAGCACUUCUUUGCGAGAUCCGGCAGAAGAAGUUCUCCUGUUGCGAGCCGAGCAGUUUUUACUAUCACCCCAGCUGUCUACACAGUUGGGCUUCUCACAGGUGAUGCCUUCCUUGGAGCGAUCGCAUCCUCAGACUUUCGCGCAAAGCUCCCCGCUGGGCUACCCU